AUGAAUUUUCUCAUGUCACAGGAGGGCUCAGAAACUGAAGUUACUGGAGACAGUGCUGGAGCUGAUGGUCCGGUGCGCACCAAAGAAGCUUCUCCUGUCCUCUUCACAGCAUUGCAAUCAUUCAAAGAAGCUUUGAUUGAUGGCGACGGCACCAAAAUCGCGGAGAUGGAGGCCUUCUUACUUGAUGCUGAGCUCGGCUCUCUUCUGAACAGAAUCACUACUUUAGAUGUAGCAUUAGCAGCUGGGAGAGACCGUGUGUUGAGAAUAGGUGCUCGCCCUGAUAUCUGUAGGGAAGAGAUGGGGAGAGAGGGUUGGUGGCAGAUGUUCAAGGGGGUGUUGUGGAGAUUUUCUUUCCGGCUCUUUGCCAGUUGA